UUUGAUUUACACAUUGGACAGCAGUAGUUACAGAGGGCUAGUUGCAAGAGCUUGAACUGCGAUAGACUAAUUGUGCUUUUUAGUGUCCUUUCCUGCUUUGCUGUCCCUUGUUGCUGGAUUCCUUCAGAUAUGAAUGAUUCUAAAACUGGGAACAUGGAAACACAUUGUGAGACACUUCUAUUUUAGAUUGAAGUUGAUAUCCUUAAUGCCAGCAACAAGUCUCCAGUUGUGAAAGCUCUUGCUGGUGGGGGAAGGACUCUGCGAAAGGCACAGAAGAUCUCAACUGUACCACAAUUUGUUAGGUGUGAGAAUCAUCCCCUACUUUCUUAUUAUUGUUAGGGUUCUGAGAAACCAAAUUCAUCACACUUGAAGACGUUACUUGAAUUUCUGGGAAAGUGGAAAUAAGGAUCUUGGCCAAUAUGACUGAAACCACAACUGAAGGUUACCCAGCAACCACCACCACAUUUGAUAACAAGAAUGGAACUGUCCCAAAACCUCUGGCAAAGGUAUCAAAGAAAUCUGUCUCUGAUGAGCUUGCUACAACUUUCAGCUCUCCAGCAGCAUGGCUCCUAGUUGUGGCUUUGAUUGUAACCUGGUCAGCCGUGGCCAUUGUGAUGUUUGACUUGAUGGACUACAAGAGCUUUAUUGGAGGUUUUAAAGAAUUAAGUUCAGACCCUAAGAAAGUCAUAAAUGAGGCUGUGGAAGAUACCUCAGAUUGGAUCUAUGGUUUUAUAUCUGUGCUAAGUGAUAUAUUUACAACAACAGACUACCCUGAUGACGAAAUGGAUGAAGCUGAAAUUGAACCUCACUCAAAAAAGAAAGGAGUUCUUCGCCCCCCAGCUAAACGAAAAGGUGAAGCUCAUCCGCCAUCUAAACGAAAAGCUACACCACUAGAAACUAAAAAACAAAAACCUGAAAGGAAGAUAAAAGCAAAGGAAGAAACAAAACAAAAAGCUCCAUCAAAAGGAUCAGAUGAAAUGUAUACUCGGCAAGUUGAGUGA